AUGGUUAGGUCUAACGAAAGAUAUGAGUUUACAAAAAAGCUUCUUAUGAACUCACAGACACUGAAAGUCGUUGACUGUCAUGAUGUGUCCGAACAGCCGUCUUACGACAUUGAAUUGAAGACGGAAGCAAAGACUUGGAAAGUCACCGCAAUUCGCUUAGAGGAAAAGAAAAAAUUCAUCUCCAUGUUCUGUAAAGCUGUGGCAGUUUAUCAACCUCAAAUUUACCGUGAAAUCCUGCUCAAAAACCUGCCAGAGGGAAUCGAGCUGUCUACUAGUACGGCAGAAGCCUUGGAGGCGUCAAUUAACGAACUGUGGGGUGAUUCUGGAGUUACUGCUGAUGCAGCUGAAGAUCCCAUGAUGGGUCAAAGACCAGGCGACACAUAUAACACUUUAACAAGUCGUGAGGAAUCUGACUUAAAGAAAUUUCUUGACCGCACCUCAUCCGAGGAUGUCUUUGAUGCUAGUGCACUAAUGGAGAGUUUACAGAACUAUCUCUUUGAUGCGGAAGGGAGUAACGUACACUUUAUAGUUGAGUCUGAACAGAAAGUGGCAGCUCUAAUAAGUGCAUUGGAUAUGGCCAUGGACGAACUGGAUAUAAUGGAAGCUAAACUCGACGCCUAUCACCAAUACAUUACCGAUGUGGAGGAGUCGAUGUCUGGCCUACAGGACCGCGACCAGUUAGCACAAAUUACAGGCGAUAACCGGCGACUUUUGUUGGAAACGUUGGAACACAUCGUGGCAAGUCUCUCUGUUAACGCGGGCGUUCUUAAAACACUCGAAGAAGAGGCCGAUCUGGUGGACAUUGAUCGUUACAAAGAGGCUGCCUCCUGCCUCGACGCUCUGUUCACUGCGGAAAGAAUUCCAGGCGAAGAGUACCUCCAGGCGGUCUCUGAGAAGUCCUUGGAGUUGGUUGCGCUUCGAGACAAGUUCGCUAGUCGUCUCUCAUACCAGGUGAAUGACAUGAUAGUGCGCUUCUACAACCAGUUGAUGCGCAUUGCUCCUGGCGGUGGAGGUAUUAACGUUGGCGGCAGUCUUGUUGACAUCUCUUCCAGUUCUUCGCGACAUCUCCGUCACCACAUACCUGGAGGCAGCCUCUUGAACCUCUCAGGCUCCCGUUCUAAUCUUUCUGUUGGUUCCGGGGUCAACCCUAGCGGUGCGUUGAAUCACUGCUACGAGCUGCUCAAGGUCCAACGAUCUGAGAUGUUGCAGUUCUCUUCACUCGUCGGCGGCUGGUUGCAAAUCAACCGUCCAGACGUUUUUCGCACCUUAAAGAAGCAAUACAUUGAUAAAAUGCAAACAUUCUUCUCUCGUGUGUACCAGGAAAUCCUUCAGCUUGGAAUACAACCAAUCCUUGGUCUUACAAAAUCGUCUAAGCAUGAUCCAGCGAAACAGGAUGGUGACGUUAGCAGUGUCCUGGUCACGACACAGGGCAGCACACUGAACCAGUUUAAGCCACUAUUUGAAAAUAUAACCCACCAACUCUGGUCAUUGGUCAGCGGUGAGGAGAACUUUAUUACGGAUUUCUUUUGCCUCGAGAAGUGCAAGGACGAACUGGAUGCAUUCGCUUGUAUGCAGCUUCUGUUCAGUAGUCUGCCAGAUGGAAUGACUGAUUUAAUUCGUCUCUGUGAAGGGCAAAACGUUGUGUUCUCAAUGUUUAUGCUAUUGGUUCUGUCACAGUUAUCUGACCAAGUUGGUAAGACACGGCAACAACAUGAGCACCAGGAAAAAAAAUUAACUGGAUCAUUCUGGGGCCAAUUGAUCAAUCGCUGCAUCACUGAGACUAGGGGUGUGCUCAAGAGGCACGUCAAUUCACUGAACCAGAUGUUCCGUGACAGUAAGCCUAGCCGAAAGGUGCGUUGUGGUUUGCUAAAUAUGGUGCGAGUUUAUGAGAAAUUUGCCGAGUCCUCGUUGACCGUCUUCGGUCCAGGCUCGACGAUCAUGGAGCAAGCACACAGCGAUCUCAUCUGUUGCCUCAUGAACGAACUCGACCGGGUCGCUGCAGAUAGUUUGAAAACUCCACCAGAAGUUGUUUUGUUAGAAAAUUACCACCGCCUGUAUGAUAUACUUUGUCGAUUGAAGCUGCCAUCCUUGGACGACACUCGGAAGGAAACCAAAGCUAGGUAUCAGCGUUCUUUACAGGAGUAUUCCAUGAACUGUAUGGGACGACCACUUGAAGAUCUUCACAACUUUUUCGAGCAGGUGCAAAGCGCUCUCGAUUCUGGCGUCCGUCCCGAUGCAAUUUGCUACCAAUUCGCUUUUCAAAAACAUAUGUUGCAGAAAAUUAUUAAGGAGUAUCCCGGAAAAGAAGUAAAAAAGGGGCUUGACAGUCUACGGAGGAAGGUUGAAAAGAAUCUUUCUGAAGAAACUAAUCUUUUCCCCGUUGUUUGGCGGUCAAUUCAGUCAGAAGUUACUAAGCAGUGUGUGUUUUAUGAAGAGUUGAUCCAGAAGUGCUAUUCUGACUCGGGACUUGCCCUCGAUUUCACUAUUGAUGACCUCCAAAAUUAUUUCAGUGAAAUUGCAAGUGCACCGAGGCGACACGCUCUUGGUUAA